AAAUUUACAUGCGUGAUAUCCGGAGACUGCUACAUAUCCUUCGCUGGUGAAUCAAAAUCUCCGGGUGCCACUGCUACAUUGGAGUCAAUUGGGAAUUUGGGACCGAAUGAAAACAGAGUAAUCGCGAAAGAACUAUCCGAUUUUAUGGAAAAAGAAAUAGGUGUACAUCGUGACAGAUUUUUCCUGACUUUCUACGACCUUUCAUCGUAUAAUGUGGCAAAAUGUGGCGUCACUGUUGAAGGAGCUUCGGAAAGUCAAAAUAACACCAAAGAAGUACAAUAA